AUGGCGGACUCUUCUCCCGUCAUGGAUUAUUCUCCACUCAAGGUGGCUGAUCUAAAAGAGAAGUUGAAGAGCCGUGGUAUUCCUCUUACCGGGUUGCGCCUCAAGCAACAGUUUAUCGAUAAGUUGCUCGAAGCCGACAAAAAUGAUUCGCCAGCCAGCUCUGCAGCUGAGCCAGAAGCCAAUUCUGAGAACAGCCCCAAGCCUGAUACUACUCAGCUUGAAGACCUAGCCGAACAGAAUCGCAAGGAUGUUGAGAUGUCACUUGUUACCACUGCGGAUGGAUCAGUCCAAUCGGGCCCCCAGCCUGAUACUGAAAUGUCGGAGUAUCCCUCGUUAGAGCAUUCAGUUCAGGAUACCCCCGAGCGAGUUGCGGAAAAUCGCGAACAAAUUGCGAACACUCUCAACCCAGUCACCACAAAGCCUGUUGAGUCAAUUGCACCCUCCGCUACCCAUCUUUCGGAAGCAGACACCAAAUUCUCGACUACCGUCCCCACCCAAGAAGCCCUAGAGGAUCACCAGAAACGGAAGCGCCGUAGCCAGAGCCCCAUCCCGACGGCCGAAGCCAUCGCUCACAAGAAGUUCAAAGCUGAGGAAGCGAUUGCGCCGGCAGUUCACACUGAGGGAGGUGAAUCCUCCAAGGACCACUCCCAGGAGCACAAUGUGCCGGGAAACCAGGGACAAAUGGCGGCUGCUAAAAGUGAUGCACGCUUUCGAGGUCUUUUUGCCUCGACCGAGUCGGCUCCCAGCUCGGGUGUUCCAUACCAUGGAACUUCAGAGCCCGCUAAGCAUGCUCCUACCUCGACUCUUUACAUUGAAGGGUUGAUGCGCCCCAUGCAGCCUGAUUUGCUUCGCAAACACCUGAUUAGUCUUGCAGCCGCGCAAAUGGACGUGACUCCCACUCCCGAGUUGUUGGUGCAAUUUUUCCUUGAUUCCAUCAAGACCCACUGCUUUGUCCGUUUCCAAGGCGUGGAAGUGGCAGUCGGAGUUCGGGAUGUCAUCCAUGGGGCUGUUUGGCCCGACGAGCGCAAUCGCAAGAGUCUCUCGGUCGAUUUCAUUCCUGAUGACAAAAUGGACGAGUGGAUUAACCAAGAAAACUCGACGCAGUCCCGCGCAGGUCCCCCUGUCCGCUACGAAGUCCAAUAUCGCGUUUCCGACGAAGGAACGAGUGCAUUUUUGGCUGAAAUUGGUUCUAAGUCAGGCCCUCAGGGGCCCGCACGCGAUACCGCAUUCAACCGCCCCCCACCCACUGGUCCCCGCGGCAUGUCGAUUCGUGGCAUGGGCACUCAUCAAGUGAGAAUGCCUGAGAAGCCGGAAGAAGGCUUCAAGCCUCUCAAUGAACUUUUCAAGUCGACAAUCGCAAAGCCCAUGUUGUACUAUCACCCUGUUCCCCGUAGCGUUGCCGACAAGCGACUGGACCAGUUUGAUGAGUUGCUUUCCAAAGGAACCUUUUCACGCCGUGGUGGUGACGAGACUCGCCGUAUUACCUUUGAAGAUGACGACUUCUUCGUGGAUAACGGCCCAGAGUAUGGAGCUCAAGCUCGACGCAACAAUAUUUCAAUGCGAGGCCGAGGCCGCCGUGGAGGCCAUGGAGGCAAGCGUGGCGGACGUUGA